AAAUUCUUCAACAUAUCCCAUCACUCACUAUACACCCCAUUCGUACCAAUUAUACAUCACGUUCAAUUAAAUAGUUGAUUUUAUUCUCUUAUCAUCACACUCUCUUUCACUCUUGCCUACUAUUACCCUUCAUCCAUGUGCUUUUACCUCAUCGCGGAUAUCAUACUCGACGUCCUCUCCCUAAUUGCUCUGAUAUUUAGAAUCUUGCAGAAGCUCCUCAGAUUACCGUUUGCAUUUUGGCGCACGCUAGUCGAGUGGAAUCAGAGUAUCCAAAGAGGGAUUCGACAUCUCUUAAUGCCCAGAAUAAAUGCUAAUGGAGAUAUCUUCAAUGCUCCUGUCCCUAACCAUAUACCCGGGACGUUAAGGCGCCGCACAUUACGUAUUGCAUCAGUUAAUGGGACUUGGAAUCAAACCACCGGGACCAUCCCUUCAUUCGUCGUAACUCAUUAUGAUGACGAUGGCGAUAAUGAUGAUGAUGAUUUGCAUGGGACUGAGCGAAGUGUGGAGGGGUCUUUGGCAGCUAGCAGUGAUGAGCUGAUCGCAGCCGAGCGACAGCGAUCAGAGCAAGGGGCACAGGAGCAAGAACCUCACCAGCCUAGGCCGCAACGCCAACAGCUUGGACCGCAAUCGUCAGGACAGCAACAGCCAGAGCCCCUCGGGCAUGAACUACAACAGCUAGGACCACAACAGCAGUCAUCAGAGCUCUCACCACGUGAACCCAUGCCGCGUGAGAGAGUUCUACCGCAGCAAGACUCAGGAGAGCCUAGUGGGCCUGUGCAACUCGUUGGCUUUCAUGACGUAGUUCGUCUCACGGCCUCCACUUCAGCAUCUAUGCCAAAUAGUGGGCAACUUAGAGCGAAUCCUCUGCCUAUACAUUUUGGACCAAAUGGAAUACAGCGUAAGCGCGCAUAUAUGAGAUGAGAAUGAAGAUAGAAAAGCUGAUGAAUACAGCGCGUGGAUAUGCGUCUCCCAGGUUACCCGGCUACCCUGAGCCGCUUCCGAGCCAGUUAACGCAAGGAAGAGAUAUUAUGAUGCCUGGUACAUUCCCAGCUAGAUCGGAAUACGGGGGAAGGGAAAGGAACAUUGAAGAGCAUUGAUGUCGUGGUCACCGAGAAAGAGCUUAUCCAAAAGACUCGAAUCACUGUCAUAAAUUUCUGAAUUGUCAGGGAAGUAAGUCGCUUCGAACAAGCCGAUGUUCAUGGUGUGUUAACUCAUUGCAGGCUUUGUAUUGGCCCAGCAUGCAUUAAG